GACAAACUAGAAAAUGACGGUGUAAUGUAUGAUUCAUCUUUUUCUUCUUAAUUAAUGUAUCUGCUGCCCCCAAGCGACCCAGUCAACCACCUUGACCGUCAAUUGACUCUAUGUAUAUAUGUCUGUGUCUGUCAGACCAUACAAUUGUAAGUAUCCAAUGAAGGGGAAGAAGACCAAUCAUAAUAAUGUCGGCAGAAUUCUGGUUGGUCUUCUGGUGCUGGCUCUUGGAGUCCAGUCAGCAUGUUCAUGUCGGAUUCGUGUCCGAACUCUCCCAAUUACAGUACCCAAGUAUUACAACCGGCCGCCGACUGGUGUUCCGACGAUCAAUCCUUGCCGGAGCUUCUCACCGCCGGCGAGGCAUGGAUGACAUAUAUGUAUAGGGCAACGAUCGAGCUGUGUGUGGCCGCGUGGAGUUUUGAAGGCUAAUACUUAGAUAUCUUUCCUCUUCGUGAAAUAUUAAUCAACUCGAUCUCUCUUUGCCUUUGGAUUUUGGUUUUGGGGGGUUAACAAGCCUUGUUAGUUAAAACGGUAUGAUAAUGAUAAUUAUUGUUUUCUUGGAGUAGCUUAGAACAGACGAUUGUUAGCAGUAACUGCACCUCUCGGAAUAAUUCGAAUUAUUGAAA